AUGCCUGCCCGUGCCAACGUUCGCGAAGAUGACCCCACCGUCAUCGUCGGCCUUGCUUGCCGAGUUCCUGGGGCUGCCAACCCCAGCAAGCUUUGGGAGCACAUUUCCGCUCAGCGUGACGUCCAGCGAAAGAUGCCCGAGGAUCGGUACAACGUAGACAACUACUUCCAUCCCGAUGGCACCCGCAAGGGUUUCACCAACGCUCGUUUCGGCUACUUCCUUGACCAGGAUAUCGCCGAUUUCGAUAACAGCUUCUUCGGUAUCUCUGGAAAGGAAGCCGAUGCCAUGGACCCGCAGCAGCGUCUCCUCCUCGAAGUCGUCUACGAGGCUCUGGAGAACGCUGGGAUCACCCUGCAGGACAUCAGCGGCUCCCAGGCGUCCGUCUUCUGCGGCUCGUUCACCAACGAUUACUUGUCCAUGACCGGCAAGGAUCUGACUGCCAACUAUCCCAUGUACCACGCCACCGGUACUGGCAAUGCCAUCCUUUCCAACCGUAUCUCGUACUUCUACAACCUCCACGGCACGAGCAUCACUCUUGACACCGCUUGCUCUUCGUCGCUCGUUUGCUUCCACCUUGGCAACCAGUCUCUCCGCAGCGGCGAGGCUGACAUUUCCAUUGUGGUCGGCUCCGCUCUGCACUUCGACACGAACGUUUACCUGACCAUGACCGACCUGGGCAUGUUGUCGACCGAUGGUCGUUGCCGUGCUUUCGAUGCGUCUGGCAGCGGUUACGUUCGUGGCGAGGGUAUCUGCGCUGCCAUUCUCAAGCGCAAGAGCGACGCUGAGCUCAACGGCGACAACAUCCGUGCCAUCGUCCGCAACACCGGCUCUAACCACGACGGCCGCAAGAACGGCAUCACCCUCCCCAACAGCGCUGCCCAGGAGGAGCUGAUCCGCUCGACCUACGAGGAUGCGGGCCUCAACCCCCUGCACACCCAGUACUUUGAGGCCCACGGCACUGGUACCGCUGCCGGUGACCCCAUCGAGACCCGAGCGAUCGGUGCCGUCUUCUCCAAGGGCCGUGAGACCCCCUUGUACAUUGGUUCCGUCAAGACCAACAUUGGUCAUCUUGAGGGCGCCUCGGGUCUGGCCGGUAUCAUCAAGACCACUCUUGCCCUGGAGAAGGGCAUGAUCCCGCCCAACAUGCACUUCAACACCCCGAACCCCAAGAUCGACUUCGAGAACUGGAAGCUCGCCGUCCCCACCAAGAUGACGCCCUGGGAUGUUCCCGAGGGCAUUGCUCGUCGCGCCUCCAUCAACUCGUUCGGCUACGGUGGUACCAACGCCCACGUCGUUAUUGAGGAGUACAAGCCCGAGACCGUCAAGCCUGCCCGUGUCGUCGAGGCGAUCGAGAACGGCGUCCAUGCUCGUCCUCACCUGGUUCCCCUCUCGUCCCACUCGGCCAAGGCCGGUGAGCUGACCGAGGCUGCCCUCAAGGCCUACCUUGUUGAGAACGACAAUGCCGCCAUCGGCGAUGUCGCCUACAGCCUGUCGCACCCGCGCCGGACCAAGCACGCCCAGCGCUCCUUUGUCGUCGCCAACGACUCUGCUGGUCUUGCCGAGCAGCUCACCACCCCUCGGCCUGCCGCCAAGUGGACCCUGGCCAACAAGACAACGCCCCGUCUGGGUUUCAUCUUCACUGGUCAGGGUGCGCAGUGGUAUGCCAUGGGCCGUCAGCUCCUGGAGGAGUCUCCUCUGUUCCGCCAGACCCUGAAGCGCUGCGACAGCAUCCUCCAGUCUCUUCCCGAUGCUCCUGAGUGGUCCAUCAUUGAGGAGCUCUCCAAGACCAAGGAGACCUCUCUCCUCGGCGACACCCUCUACUCGCAGACCAUCUGCACUGCCCUGCAGCUCGCCGUUCUUGAGGUCCUGGCCGCUUGGGGCAUCAAGCCUUCCGCCACCGUCGGUCACUCUUCGGGCGAGAUGGCUGCCGCCUUUGCCGCCGGCAUACUCUCCUUUGAGAGCGCCAUUAUCGCUGCCUACUACCGUGGCCGCUACAUGUCGGCGCCGAUCGAGAACGGCAAGCCUGGUGGCAUGAUGGCCGUUGGCCUGACCGAAGCCAAGGCGACCGAGGAGCUCAAGGCGUACAAGGGCCGCCUCUGCAUUGCUGCCGUCAACAGCCCGUCGACCAUGACCAUCUCUGGCGAUUUGGAUGCCAUCGUCGAGCUCAAGGAAUCCCUGGACGAGCGCAAAGUCUUCAACCGCCAGCUCAUCGUCAAGCAGGCCUUCCACUCGCACCACAUGGACCCCCUGGCUCCUGCUUACGAGAACGCCCUCAAGGGCUGCGCCGCCUUCUCCACCAAGGAGCCCACUGCCCGUAUGUUCUCUAGCGUCACCGCGCGUCUGGCUGACCACGAAGCCAUGGGCCCCAAGUACUGGGCUACCAACAUGACCAAUGCCGUCAGGUUCUCGGAUGCCCUCACCGGCAUCGUCCUCGACGACGAGGAUGAGCCGAACGUUGACGUUCUGGUCGAGAUUGGUCCCCAUGCUGCCCUCAAGGGUCCUUCCCGCCAAACUCUCCAGGCCCUGAAUAUCGACCUGCCUUAUCUCGCUUCGCUCACCCGCGGUGUCCCCGACUACGAGUGCCUCCUCAACCUGGCCGGUACCCUCUUCUCCCUGGGUUACCCCGUUGACCUCGUCGCUACCAACCAGAACCUUAGCCUCGGCGCUUCGAACGAGAUCGUCAGGGUCGACACCGGGUCCAAGCUGGACGACCUCCCCACGUACUCCUGGGAUCACAAGCGGUACUGGCACGAGACCCGCUACCUCAAGGAACAUCGUCUCCGCAAAUACCGCCACAGCCUCCUCGGCCACGUCUUCCCCGGCUCCGUUGCCAAGCACCCCAAGUGGCGCAACUACCUCCGCAUCAGCGAGAUCCCUUGGCUCAGCGAGCACGUCGUCGAUGGCAAGAUUGUCUUCCCAGGUGCUGGCUACAUCUCCAUGGCCAUCGAAGCCGUGAUGCGCGUCGAGGAGCUCGAGACGGCCAAGAUGAUCUUUGUCAAGGAUAUCAUGAUCAAGAACGCCCUCCUUCUCCCUACCAGCGACGACGGCGUCGAGAUCCUCCUCGAGCUGAAGCCUGUCACCUCCUCUGCCAAGGACAAGUCGGAAAUCUGGUAUGAGUUCGCUGUCUACUCGUAUGACGAGAAUAGCAACUGCACCGAGCACUGCCAUGGUCUCAUCAGCACUGAGAAGGGCGAGCCUGCCCCGAUCCCUGAGGGUUAUGCUGGCCCCAUCGACCUCGACCAGAAGCGCAAGGAGACCAACCGCUCCGAGUCGGCCGCGCAGUUCUACAAGCGCCUCGCCGAUCUCGGUCUGGACUACGGCGAGAAGUUCCAGCGCAUCACCAACUUCAUGGAGAGCGGUCCCGGCUUCUCUGUCUCUGACCUCGUCUUCGACCCCAGCGCCCUCCCCCGGAACCCUGGUGACGAGACCAUCAUGCACGCGACCCUGCUCGAUGCCUUCUUCCACACCAUCUUCCACGCCAUUGAGUCCUGCCUCGGCCGUCCUCUGGAUGAGCCCUACGUCCCGUCUUUCUUCAAGACCCUCAAGAUUUCGGGCCACUUCUGCGAGUGGGCUCAGUCCACCGACAUCAGGAACUUCAAGGUCGGGUCCUUCACGCGCACCCCCUCUCCCCGUGUGGCCAUCAACGAUAUGGUCAUGCAGGACCAGGAGGGUAAGCUGAUGAUCGAGAUUGGCGGCCUCGAGGUCACUGCUCUGGGUCGCGAGCAGCCGGAUGGUGCCAACGCCCGCACCCUGUUCUACAGCCAGCGCUGGGCCCCUUGCUUCGACCUCCUCUCGAGCGAUGUUGCUCGCCCUCUGUCCGAGGUUGUCGACAUCUUCGCCCACCAGUACCCGAACACCAAGAUUCUGCACAUCACCUCCGACGUCGCAAAGACCAACGAGGUCCUGUCUACUCUGGGAGGCGCGAAGGGCCAUCGUCGUCGCUUUGGCGGUCUCGACGUCUGCUCUCUCAAUGGCGAGACUCUCGGCGAGGAGUUCGAGGAGCUUUCCAACGCUACGAACGGCCUUGUCAACAUCGCCGAACCUCAGGCCGGUGCGUAUGACCUGGUCAUUGUCAGCGAGGUUGGCUCUUUCGAUGCCGUUCCCUUCAUGAAGGACACUGGCUACAUCGUCUUCGACGGCCAGAAGGGCACUGUGUCCGCUGACCUCACCGAGGUCUUCUCUACCCCUGCUGCCACCGCCCUGCACAAGUCGAAGGAAGCUUCCCCCCUCAGUGGUCCCCUCUCCGUCAUUAUCCCCGCCGGCCAACUGUCCGAACGCAGCAAGGCCAUUUUGGCUGCUCUUGAGGCUGGCUACCCGGGUGAAGUGGAGCAAGUGACUUUCGCCGACAUUGUCGAGGACGGCCUUGACAUCCUCCGCGACAACAUUGUCGUCCUGGCCGGUCUUGACGAGCAGGUGUACGAUGAGACCAGCUUCAAAGGUGUCCAGGCUCUUCUCGGUGCCGUCGAGAAGAACACGGUCUGGCCUCUUGAGGGCGCCACCCAGGAAGCUGCUCGCCCCGAGUUGGCUAUGCUCGUCGGUGCCAUCCGUGUCGGUCGCUCUGAGAACGACAACACUCGCAAUGUCACUUAUGACUUCGGAACGGACACUACCACCGAGGAUGCGGCCGCCGGCAUCCUUCGCGUCCUGGGCAGCUCCGUCAAUGAGGACGAGUUUGCCGAGCGCAACGGCGUCGUCUUGACCCCUAGGUUCGAGGCCGACGACGACCGCAACCGCCGCCUGCGCAAUGGCCCCAGCCGCGAGCCCCGCCUCGAGCUUUUCGGUGAGCGCCGGCCCCUGAAGCUGACCUUCGGCAAGGUCGGUCUCCUCGACACCCUUCAUUUCGCCGAGGACGAGGAGAUCAUCGACACUGAGCUUGCCGCCGAUGAAGUCGAGAUCGAGGUCAAGGCUUCUGCCAUCAACUUCCGUGACUUGGCCGCCUCGCUUGGUAUCAUCGACGACUACAAGCUUGGUGACGAGUGCGCUGGUGUUGUCAUCCGCGUCGGCUCGGAGGUUGAGGGCUUCGGUCCUGGUGACCGCGUGGUUGCGUGGCGUCCUGGCCAAGGUGCCCACAGGGCCAUCUGCCGCAACCCCGCCUCGCUCACCUACAAGCUUACCGGCGACAUGCCUUUCUCCGCCGCUGCCGCUCUUCCUUGCAUUCUGACCACGGCUUGGUUCGCCUUCGAGCAUACCGCUCGCGUGCAGCCCGGCGAGACCGUCUUGAUCCACGCCGCUGCCGGUGGUGUCGGUCAAAUGGCCAUCCAGGUCGCCCAGCGUGCCGGCGCCCGUGUUCUGGCCACUGUCGGUUCUCCUGCCAAGCGCCAGCUUCUCAGGGAGACCUAUGGCAUCCCCGAGGAGCACAUGUUCUCGUCCCGUGACGACUCGUUCGUCGAGGGUGUCCUGGCCGUUACCGGCGGCAGGGGUGUCGAUGUUGUUCUCAACUCGUUGGCUGGCCCCCUGUUGCAUGCCACUUGGUCUUGCUUGACCCAGUUUGGUCGCUUCAUCGAGAUUGGUAAGCGUGAUAUUCACUCUAACACCAAGCUCGACAUGGACCCCUUCCGCAAGAACGUCCUCUUCGCCUCGGUCGAUUUGAUUACCAUCUUCAACCACAACAAGCCCCUUGGCGCCCGCAUCGUCAAGGAGUGCUGCGACCUCGUACACAACGGCGAGAUCCAGCUGCCCCAGACCAUCCUCGAGGUCUCCUACGAGGACGUUCUCAAGGGCUUCCGUCUCCUGCAGAUGGGCAAGCACACCGGCAAGAUCGUGCUCGUUCCGUCCAAGGACGACGUGGUUCCCGUCGCGCCUCCCUCGUUCCGCAACACCAAGCUGUUCAAGGCCGACAAGACCUACCUCCUCGUUGGUGGGCUCGGCGGUCUUGGCCGUACCCUGGCCCAAUGGAUGGUCCGCAAGGGUGCGAAGAAGCUGGCCUUCCUGUCGCGUUCUGGUGCCGACAAGUCCGAGGCCAAGAUGACCGUCGACUGGCUCGUCUCUCGUGGUGUGGAGGCCACUGUCUACCGCGGCGAUGUUUCCAAGCGCGCUGACGUGCAGGCUUGCGUCGACGGCGUCGGCAGCUCCCUCGGCGGUAUCUUCCAGGCCGCUAUGGUUCUCCAGGACGUGCCCCUCGAGACCAUGACCUACAAGCAGUGGGUGCGCUGCGUCGAGCCCAAGGUCAACGGCGCCAAGCACCUGCACGAUGCCACCAUGGGCACGGACCUCGACUUCUUCGUCUGCUUCUCGUCCGUCGCCGCCGUCUUGGGCUCCAAGGCCCAGGCCAACUAUGCUGCGGCUAACUGCUACCUCGACGCUCUCAUGCGCCACCGCCGCGAGAUGGGUCUGGCCGGCACUACCAUGAACGUCGGUGCCGUGGCCGGCAUCGGUGUCGUCAGCGAGAGUGCCGCCCUCGGCCAGAUCAUGGAGCGCCUGGGCAUCGACCCCAUCAACGAGGAGGAGCUGCUCUACCAGCUUGAGGAGGCUGUCAAGGGCGACCGCGACCAGAAGAUCUCGCCUCGUGGUGUCGACUCUCACCAGAUCUGCACGGGUGUCGGUCUCAUCAAGCCCGACGUCUACUGGGCCGUCAAGCCGCUGUUCAGGAACCUCUACGACAACCAUGACUUCGCCGGCUCCACCACCUCCAGCAAGAAGCAGAAGAACAUCAUGGCCCUGCUCGCCGAGGAGGCUGAGCCCGAGAAGCGCGUGGCGAUCGUUCUUGACGCUUUCUUGGACAAGAUUGCGAGCGUCCUCGGCACGCCCAAGGACUCCAUCAUCCCCAGCAACCCUCUCUCUGCCUACGGUCUCGACUCGAUUGUCGCUGUCGAGUUCCGCAAGUUCUUCCGCAAGGAGAUCCAGAUCGACAUCGCCCUCUUCGACAUCUUGGGCGCUGCUUCCAUCACAGCUCUCGUUGUCAAGGCCACCAAGAUGAUCUCGGCCGCCGCCACCGCUACCGAUGGCGCGGCGUCCGAGGCCAAGGACGACAAGGCCAAUGCCGCCGAGGGUGAGAAGACGGACAAGGAAGCCGGUGUCUCAGCCAUGGCUUCGGGUGAGAUCACCAAGGUCGACGCCACCACUGGCGUGGCCAUCCCGCUGUCCACCUUCCAGAACCGUCUCUGGUACAUCCACUCGUUCCUCGAGGACAAGUCCUUCCUCAACCUCCCCAUCACCAUGCGCAUCAAGGGCAAGCCCAAUCUGGACAUUCUCCGCGCCACUGCCCAGGCGCUCGCCCGCCGCAACGCCGUCAUGCGCACCAGCUACUACGAGGGUGACGACUUUGCCCAGCAGGAGCCUCUCGAAGACUUCGAGAUCGACGUCCACUACCGCGACCUCUCCGGCGAGGCCGACAAGGAGCAGGCCCUGAAGGAAUAUGUCGACUACAACCGCCAGAUUGAGAUGAACGUCGAGGAGGGCGAGGUCGCCAGCUUCGCCCUGGCCAAGCUCUCUGAGGAGGACUGGGCCUACAGCCUCAUCAUCCACCACAUCUCGGUCGAUCGUGGUUCCAUGAAGGGCAUGAUGAGCCAGUUCGUCAGCCUGUACGAUGCCAUCGCCACCGGCAAGGACCUCAGCACCGUGCCAUCGCCCGAGUUCAGCUAUGCCGACUUCACGCUCUGGCACAACGCUCGCCUCAACUCGGACCUGAUGAAGCCCGACCUCAACUGGUGGAAGGAGAAGCUGACUGGCAUUCCCGAGGCCAGCAAGCUGCUCCCCUUCGCCAAAGUCAGCGAGCGCCCGCAGAACAACGACCCCCACCGCCACGCCCUCAAGACCAGCCUGAGCUCCAAGCUCUUCGCCCGCAUGAAGCGUAUCGCCUCCCAGUCCAACGCGACGCCGUUCCACUUCAUCCUCGCCGCGUUCCGCGCCUUCAUGUACCGCUACACCGAGGACAAGGACCUCGUCAUUCUCAUGGUCGACGGCAACCGCCCUCACCCCGACGCCGAGGACAUUUGCGGUUUCUUUGUCAACAUGUGCCCCAUCCGGCUGAACGACGACUGCGAGACCACCUUCGACCAACUCUUCACCGCCACCAAGGACCGUGCUCUCGAGGCCAUGGCCCACACUGGCAUUCCCUUCGACACCAUCGUCGACCUGAUGAACGUGAAGAAGACGCCUAGCCACCUCCCCAUCGGCCAGGUCUCGGUCAACUACCAGAUCCACGGACCGGUCCCUGUGUACAACACCAACGACUUCACCAUCAACCAGCUCGAGACCGAUGACAUUCCCACCGCCUCCGACAUGCAGCUCGAGGCCCUGGAGACGGGCGACCACUCUCUCGACCUUCGCAUCGAGUACGCCACCGCCCUGUACGGACAGGAGGACAUGGAACGCUUCCUUGACAACUUCUUGUCGUUCCUGUCCAGCACCAUCAAGGACCACCGCCAACCCAUCGAGGAAGUCAACAUGACCGGGCUCCUCGAGGUCGCCCACUUGGAGAAGAAGUACUGGAACACUGGUGUCGCUAAGAACCAGUGGGAGGGACAGAGUGUUGUGGACAAGGUCACCCAAAUGGCAAGCGAACAUCCCCAGGCCGAGGCGAUAAAAACUUCUGACGGCCACAGCAUCUCCUACAGGCAGCUGAUCGAAAACGCCAAGAGCGUGGCCUCUGAGCUCGUUCAGGCAGGCGUGAAGCCCGGUGAGCGAAUCGCGCUUCUCGCCCUGCCCGGUGUCGAGGCCGUGACCGGCCAGCUCGGUGCUCUCAUGACCGGCUCGUGCUACGUCGCCCUCGACACCGAUUUCGCUCAGGACCGCCUCUCGUUCAUGAUCGCCGACGCCGGAUCCCCUGUUCUCCUCGUCGGCUCCGGUGCCGAGGCCCUGGCCGGCGACCUCACUGCCAAGGCUGGGGCCGCCGCGCCCAAGGUGAUCGUGAUUCGGGAGGCGGUCGCUUCGGCCCGCUCCCCCGUUCAGCUGCAUUCCCGUCAACCCUCCGACCCUUUCUACAUGAUCUACACCUCGGGAAGCACCGGCACUCCUAAGGGAGUGGUGCUCACCGAGUCCAACACCCAGCAAAUGCUGGCCACUCUCAACAAGGACUACGCCUUCACAUCGGAGGACACGUUCCUUCACCAAUCCUCCAUGUCCUUUGACCUCUCCAUCGUCCAAAUCUACUCCGCCCUCACUUGCGGUGGCACCGUCUGCAUCGCGGCCUGGGAAACACGCAAAGACCCCCAUGCCCUGGCCGAGUUCAUGAAGGAUGCUUCCGUUUCCGUUACCUACUUCACCCCCACCCAGUUCGCUCUUCUCAUGGACCUUAACACCGAUGCCCUCAAGAAAUGCGACAAGUACCGCGUCGCCUACUUCGCGGGUGAGCGCCUCCCCGUCCGCGUUGCCAAGGGCUUCUACGAAUUGGGCACUCCCGCCGUCCUCUACAACACCUGGUCGCCCAGCGAACUCGUCGUCCAGACGUCCAUCGGCCGGAUCGAUCCUCCUUCCGAGGAAGAGGUCAGCCUGCCAAUCGGUUACCCCAUGGACAACUGCCGCCACUACAUUCUCGACACCAAGGGCAAUCCCCUUCCGGCCGGCAUGGUCGGUGAGCUUGUGGUGGGCGGCGCGCAGGUCGGUGCCGGCUACCUGAACCGACCUGAGAUCAACGCCAAGUCGUUCGUCGAAAACCCCUUCGCCUCCGAGGAAGACCGCAAGCUCGGAUGGACCAGGAUGUUCAAGACGGGUGACCGCGGUCGCUUCCGCCCCGAUGGCCAGCUUGAAUUCCACGGCCGCAUUGCGGGCGACAAGCAGAUCAAGCUCCGUGGUUUCCGUGUCGACCUCGGCGAGGUUGAGCAGCGUCUCUUCCAGGAAUCCCAAUCCGUCCAGCCGGGGUUGAUCGACAUCGCUGUCAUCGCCCGGACCAUCGAGGCGGGCCAAGAAGACAUCCACCUGGUGGCCUACCUGGUUCCCAAGGCCGGUCUCGCCGUCGCUGACCGGGCUUCUUUCGUCUCCCAGCUGCACGACAAGGCCAAGCCUCACCUCAACGACUACAUGCUUCCCAACGGUUACCAGUUCCUCGAGAAGCUCCCCGUCACGAUUGGUGGCAAGGUCGACCGGCGGAACCUCCUGAGCCGCGAUCUCGAGCUCAUCUACCCGACCACUGCGGCGGCCGCUACCACUGCCGCGACCGGUGACGCGGCCGGUGCCACCAACGCCAACAACGAACUCGAGGAGUCGGUCAUGGCCGUCUUCCGCGGCGUUCUCGGCGACAAAUACGCCGACCCGAGCGACAACUUCUUCCAGCGCGGUGGCCAUUCCAUCCUGCUGGUCAGGCUCCAGGCCAGGAUCAAGAAGCAGUUCAAGGUGGCGCCACCCCUGCCCCAGAUGAUCAAGGAGCCCACAGCGGCGGCCGUCUGCGCCUACAUCCGCACCAAGAAGGGUGGCGACGCUGGCGGCAAGGGCAGCUUCGAGAGCGCAAUCAGCUGGGAGGCCGAGACGAAACUCCCCAACGAUGCCCGCUACACCCCGCGCUGGGGAACUCCCCGUGUUGAGCGUGACGAGCAGAAGACGAUCCUCAUCACGGGCCCCGAGCUCUUCAUUGGACUGCACCUUCUGGCGGAGAUCCUGACAACUAAGCGUGAGGCGACGGUUUACGUCCUUGGAUCUCUCGAGCCUAGCCAGGUCGAGAACAUUGUCGCGCUUCUCGACAAGCACGGCCUCAUCAAUGACGGCCCGGAGAACCCGCUCAGCAAGGACGAGGUCCGGACCCGCGUCAAGGCGGUCCCUGGCGUCCUCUCGAAGCCCAACUUCGGACUCAGCAAGGUGGCGUUCCGCCAACUCGGGCAGAAGAUCCAGGCCAUCUACCACCUUGGUGGCCACGUUUCCCUCCUCAAGACGUACUCCUUCCUCAAGACAUUCAACGUGGCACCGAUCUUCGACCUCAUCCACCUGGCUGGUAUCGGUGAUCACCUCUCGGAGAUCCACCACCUGUCGACCUGGUCGGUUCCCCAUCUCCAGACCUGGACCAAGACGAAGCGGUCGGGCAAGACGUGGGUGACUGCGGAGGAGGAGAUGGCACACUUCCAGCCUCCCGCCGAGGACGAGUACGGCUACUUCAAGACUCGCUGGGUGGCCGAGGCGAUCCUCCGCAACGCGGCGUCGCGCGGCUUCCCUAUCACGAUUACCCGUGCGCCUGCCGUCACCAGCCUGCGCCCCAACGGCUUCAUGGACCCCGGUGAUGAGUUCACCAUCCGCAUGGUGAUGGAGAUGGUGGAGUCGGGAGCGAUCCCGCGCCUGGGCUCGCCCAGCCAACCGAGCUUCGUGAUUGACGUGAUCCCGGUCGAUUACCUGGUCCGCGGGUUCUACUCCCUCACGUCGGAGAAGGAGGUGCUUGCGAUGGCGCCGGCGGAGCAGGGCAAGCCCAACAUCUACCACUUCGCCAACCCGUCGCCGCUCAAGCUCCAGGACCUGCCGGACCUUGUGCCGAUGCUCCGCGAGGACGGCAAGCGGCCCAGCCUCAUCUCGGCCGACAGCUGGCUCAAGAACCUGGAGAAGCAGCACAAGGAGAACGAGGGCGCGGCGGCGACGAUCCGUGGCACGGUGCUCCGCGAGUACCUCUCCAUGGGUCAUGUCAUGUUCUCUCUCGAUAGGACCCAAACGGCCAAGCUGCUGGAGAAGCUGGUGCCUGGUCUGGACGAGACUUGCCCUGCGAUUGACGGCAAGUUCUUGGAUCAUCUGUUCAAGCGCAUCAAGGCUGCUGAGCCAUGA